GGAUUUGGUUUAUAUGAGUCGAAAAUUAGUAAACCAAAAGAAAUAAUUAUAGAAGAUGAAAAUAUAAAGAAUGUAAAUAUCGAUCAUGUUACAUGUGGUACAACCUUUUCAAUAAUUUCUGGAUUUAACCAAGAAAAGAAUAGGCAAAUAUUUUUUGGAUGUGGUGAUAAUAGAGAUGCUCAAUUAAUUGUUGGUAAUGGGAAAAUUCAAACAUUAGAGAAUAUCGAAGUAUUAGAAUCACCAGUAUUGCUCGAGGGUAUUACUGGUAAGAGAGUAAAGCAACUAACAUCUGGUACAUAUCAUAAUGCAUGUUUAUUCACAGAUGGUACAACUUUACUUUGGGGUGCUGGGAACAGUGGUCAAAUUGGAUCUGAUAUUUACAGUAGGGUUCAAUAUGAUCCAUUCAACAGCAAGGUGUUAUUCGAUAUUGGAAUUGAUAAAAUAUCAUUAGGUGCUACUUUUUCAAUUGCUCUUAGUAAGGAUGGCAAGCUUUACUCUUUCGGCUCCUCUUCAUUUAAUGAAUUGGGAAAUGGUGAUAUGUUUAAUGAAAGAGUACCAAAACUAGUUGAUAAUGAACUAUUAAAGAACUCUAAAAUCAUCGAUGUAUCUUGCGGUUUCUUCCAUUCACUAGCACUUACUGACGAUAAUAAAGUAUUGACCUGGGGUAGAAAUCAUGAAAGUCAAUGUUUUCCUGCACCAUCUGGAACUGGUAAAGGUAGUUUCACAAAUGUUUUAUAUUUAGAUACAUCAGCUUUAUCAACUGACGAUAAAAUUAUUCAAAUUGGUGCAAAUAAUCUCAACUCUUAUAUUUUAACAGAGUCUGGUAAAAUUUAUUCAAUUGGAACAAAUGAUCAUGGUCAAGUAAUAGAUUUAGGAAAUUUAAAAGUAAAGAAAUUCUAUACUGGUUUUAAAACGGUAAUUGCCGAAACCAGCGACGAGAGAUUUUUUGGUUGGGGCAGUAAUUUGGAUCAUCAAUUAUCAUUAGAAAAAAGAGCAAAUUAUUUCAUACCAACAGAACUAUCAAAUCUUAAUGAGUUAAAUCAAGAGCUUAAAAUUAAAGAUAUUUCCAUAUCUUUAAGUCACUGCAUUUCAUUAACUUCCAAAAAAGGUUAA